AUGGCGCCGCGGGAGAAGGCCCGUGGGCACCGCGUGCUCAUCGCCGCGUUUGUGCUCCCAGAUACUGUAGAAUUUAGGGCAGAUGAGAAAGGCUCGUCGGAGGAGACAUCCGGGCCUCUUUCCGCGCCGUCGUCGCCCGUGCCCCGGCCCGCGAAUACGCAGCAUCUGGCCGACAUGCUCUCGACGCGGCUCCAGAUCGCAGUGAAUCAGCAAGAGACGCGUGCUGCAUCGCCGCGCAACAACCUGCCGCACCUCGGAAGUGCAUCAAACUCGCGGCACUCCUCAUUCACGCAGCGCGAGCGCGUCAGCAUGGCCGAGCUGAUGGCCGAAGCUUCCGGCUCCGGCACGGCGUACCUGCAGCCGGCCGGCUCGGCGAUUGCGAGUACGCCCCCGUCGCCGAACGCGCAAGACAUAACGUUUGAUGCGCGCGGCGCCCUGGACGCGCGCCCGGGUCCCGGGACCAUGUCCGACCACGGCCGCCGCGCCAGCCAGCAGUCGGCGGACCCUGCGCGGAUACAGCGCAGCCGGCGCAACAGCGGCAACACGGGCCUGCCGCAGUUCCUCACGCCGCUGGGGCCGAAGCCGUCGGUCUCGCCACAUGGGCCGCCCCAGCGCUCGCCGACGCCGCACGGCGUGCGCGACAUGAAAUCGACGCCGCCGGCGAGCAUCAUUUCCGACAUGGCCGCGAAGCAAAACUCGCAGUCGACCGCCGUGACGCCCGCACCACAGGAGCAGAACCCGUUCGGGGCCGGGGUCGUGACGCCGAUGCCCCCCGGCUCGCACGGCCCACGCACCAACUCGACACCGCUCCUGAUGGAGCGCCCGGAGCUUGCUUCGGGGUGGACCAAUGCCCAGGACGAAGGCGACGCAACGCUGCGGCCGCCCGAGCACCUGCGUGGUUCGAGCUCGGCGCCGAGCAAGCCCGGCAAGGCGCUCGUGCCCAAGUGCGAGGCGCCGGUGCCGGUGCGGGCGCAGAGCGGGCUGCAGGUCCUGCCGAGCGGCCGCGUGACGGUGAGCAACAAGCCCACGCCCGACAUUGUGCCGGACACGGUCAACGUGAAGCGCCCGCGCAACGAGCCGGGCGAGACGACCGCCUCGGGCACGAUCCACCGCCGCGGCUCGCUGUUGCGGCGCUCAACGCAGCGUGCGCCGUCGAUGCGCUCGCGCAGCUCGUCGCAUGCGUACCGCGGGCCGCAAGAAAGCGAGGAGAGCGCCGUUCCCUUUGACUUUGUGCCGAAUCCCGGCGCAAACUACGGGCUGAUCAAUGCGGUGAACAGCGUCGGGGACGAGCGCCUGCCGAACGGCAAGCUGUACGUUGGCACGCUCGGCAUCGAGAUGAACUGGAUCCCCGAGUCAUUGCGUACCAAAAUCGACCACCGCGCGCGUGUCGAGCACGACUGCGUGCCGGUGUGGCUCAAGGACGAAGACUACGUGAGCAGCUACCACCACUAUUGCAAGCAGAUCCUCUGGCCCACCUUUCAUUACACGCUGCCCAGUGCACAGGGUCUGCAGUCGGAGCACCGCGCGUUCCGCGCGUAUGUCGAGGUGAACCGGCGCUUUGCCGAGCGCAUCGUCGAGGUGUACGAGGAAGGCGACGUGGUAUGGGUGCAGGAUUACCAUCUGCUGCUGGUGCCACACAUGGUGCGCGAGCGGCUUCCCCAUGCGACGAUCGGCCUCUUUGUCCACAUUGCCUUUCCUUCGAGCGAAAUCUUCCGGUGCCUGAGCAUGCGCGAGGUGCUGCUGCGUGGCAUGCUUGGCGCGGACCUCGUCGGGUUCCAGACGCACAACUUCUGCCGGCACUUUCGGCAGACGGUCAGCCGCAUCCUGCAGCUGGAAGCGACGCCGCGCGGCAUCCAACUGCGCCGUGCGUUUGUCACCGUCGCUCCGUUCCCGAUCGGAAUCGAUGUGCGUACGCUGAACCGCAAGCGCGAGAACCCCGAGGUGAUGGAGUGGGUCGAGCGCCUCGAGGAGCGAUUCGCCGGCAAGCACGUCAUUGUCGGUCGCGACAAGCUCGACUGGAUCAAGGGCGUGCGCGAGAAGCUCCUUGCCUUUGAGGUGUUUCUCGACGAGCACCCCGAGUGGGUCGGCCGCGUGGUCCUCGUGCAGGUCGCGCUUGCGACCGUGCAAGAAAACAAGGAAGUGGGCGAGGCGACGGACAUUGUCGCGCGCAUCAACCGCAAGCACAGCUCGCUGAUGUACCAGCCGGUGGUCUUUUUGCAUGUGCAAGAGUUGACCUUUUCGCAGUACCUCGCGCUGCUGACCAUGGCCGAUGUCUUCCUUGCGACGAGUCUGCGCGAAGGCAUGAACCUCACGUCGCACGAGUACGUCAUCGCGCAAGAGUCGCGCAAGCGCCCCUUGAUCCUCUCCGAGUUUACCGGAACCUAUUCUGCGCUGCGUGCGUGCAUCGGGAUCAACCCCUGGAAUACCCGCCAAGUCGCCGGCGCGAUCUACCAGGCGCUCACGAUGCAAGAAGAGGAGCGCGAGCAGCGCUGGUACGAUCUGCACCGCACCGUCGUCACGCAGACGGCGCAGCACUGGAUCACGUCGGUGCUGAGCCAGCUCGAGCGUGCGCACCAGCAGCAGCCGAGCAUCGAAAAUGUCUUUAUCCCCCGCCUGGAGAUUGCGCAGCUCGUGUCCGAGUGGCGUGCGUCGCGCUCGCGCAUGAUUCUCGUGGACCUGGAGCAGACGCUGGUGCUCGAGGACCCGGUCGAGGUGCACAUGCACGGCUUCCGCCCCCAGCCCGCGCUCGUGUGCCUGCUCAAGCGCCUGACGAGCGACCGCCGAAACUAUGUGUACUUGCUGAGCGGCAAAGGCACCGUGGCGCUCGACCGCAUCGCCGCGCAGGUCCCCGAGGUGGGCCUCGUGGCGGAGAAUGGGUGCUUUGUGCGGCACUGUGCGUCGCCGACGUGGAUCUCGCUCGUGGACGGCUUCAACCUCGAGUGGCGGAAGCCCGUGCUCGAGAUCCUUGCGUACUUUACCGAGCGCACGCCCGGCUCCUGGAUCGAGGAGCGCCAGGCGUCGGUCUCGUGGCACUUUAACGAGCGCACCGAGGCCGAGACCGGCGCCGAUCGCCAGUGGGCGCACCGCCAGGCGGCCGAGGUCCAGAGUCUGAUCUACGAUUCGCUCGGCGAGCGCUUCUCGAUCCGGAUUCUGCACAGCUCGACGCGCUUCAACAUCAUGCCGAAAAACGUGAGCCGCACCUCGGCAGUGCAGUACAUUCUCUCGCUCGACGCGAUGGGCGCGCUCCCCCCCCGGCCCACGCAGGACGCCGGCAAAGACAUGUUUUCGUUUGUGCUGCAGAUCGGCAAGGACGAGCACCUGAUUUCGUACCUCAACCAGCUCGACCUGACGUUUGCGCCGCGGACGUGCACGACGACCGAGUCGUCCGGCAAGCCGAACUCUGACGCGUCGUACCACCUCGCGCCUGGCGCCGACGUGCUCGCGGCGCUCGAGGAGAUUGUCGAUUUACGUAUGCGCGACCUCAAGUGGGGCGGCCCCGCGAUGCUCGAUGUAUAA